AUGGAGAAGAACCCCAAGGCGUGCGAGCCGUGCCGCCGGAGGAAGGUCCGGUGCAACGGCCAGACGCCGUGCAACAGGUGCGACAGGAAGCCCGGCGACUGCGUGUACCGCCUGCGCACGCGCAUCCGGAAGAGCGGCGCGCAGAGGGCGGCGGCGGCAGCCGCAGCUGCAGCUGCAGCAGCUGGCGCCAACGGCACGGCAAAUGUGGCCAAGGCUCCUCCUCCGCCUCCCACGCCCGGCUCCGACGUGCGCUCCGUUGUUGUUGCUGCCGCCGCUGGCAGCGAGCAGCCCACGCCGCUUCCCGCGCCCCUGGCGGGCCAUGAUUCGCCGUCUGGGUUCCGGAGGGACGUGCCUGAGGCUGGCGAGGGCCCCAACUCCGACUCGGCCAUCUACCAGAGCAUAGCUGCCGUGCCUCAGAGGAGUGAUGUCGAACCUAUCCAGGGGGGCACUGCACGGCUGUUUUAUGGGCCGGCUUCACAAUUUGCAUUCCUACAACAAGUACACCGGGGCAUAUUGUCGUCCACCGGACCCCACGGCCAACAGGACCGUGAGGUCCAGGAGGGCGGCCCUGGUCUAGACCUAUUCCUUCAGCGGAGUUUCUUUUUCGGCACGGCACCAAGGUUUGAUGCCACCGGGUUUCAUCGACCAGCGAGUAGUCUGUUCAGCGAGCUUCCUUUGGCCCAGGCUAGGUUAUUCCUGGAGAGAUAUAAAGCAUGGUCCGCUUACAUACUCCCAUUCUUCACCAAUGCGGAGCUGGACAAGAUGCUUCAUCACCUGUACAACAGCGAUGAGACCAAGCCGUCUCAGACCAAAGCCCUCAUUGUUGCAGUACUAGCCCUCGGGGCCCUUGCCACACCUCACACUGACAUCGCGGAGGAGCUAAUGGCCAGGGCCAAGUACGAAGCGGUUCUCUUCGAUGACACCGUCAGCUUGCCGAUGAUUCAGUUCUCCCUGCUGCUGGCAGAGUACCACACCAGCAUGGGCAGGCCGAAUCUGACGUACCUCAUGCUCGGCACCGCGUGCAGGAAGGCCUUCGCGCUCGGUCUCCAUCGCGAGUCCGCCAACUCGUUAACACGGUCCGAGGACGCCGAGAAGUGCCGGACCACGCUAUGGUGCCUGUACUUCCUGGAGAGCUGGUACACCAUGAUGGUUGGGCGGGAGAGCAUGUUGAAAAUGUCCGACAUCUCGUCGCCGUUUCCAGAGAACCAGCCUUUCAUCGUGACCCUGAGCCGCCUCGCCUACAUUGGCGAACAGUGUUCCAAGACCAUAUACAACACACAUCGGUAUGACUCGUUGCGGAAGCUGUUCGUGGUGGCGGAGGACAUCCACGCCCAGCUGCGGGACUUUGCGAACAAGCACGGUAUUGGGUCUGCCGGCCUGGACAGCAACGGGCUGCUCUCGGGCGGCGAGCACCCGCUCAGGCUGCUGCUGCACAAUCUGUACUACCACACCAUCCUGCUGACCUUCAGGCCGUUCCUGGUGGCGGACUACGCGCUGGCAUCGAACCCAUCGCAGGAUGCGGCGAGCGCGAUGUGGCUGCGGCAGGCGUGCCGGCAGGCGACCAACACGGCGCAGGACUGCAUCAUGUACUGCUACUCGCAGCUGCAGAAGGACGAGGUGUGCCGGACGUCGCGGUACCACGGCUUCUUCCUCGAGUCGAGCUGCGCUGUGCUCUUCUUCGACAUCCUGCGGCACCCCAGCAAGUACGCCUACAACAUCGAGUUCAUCCAGAUGGCGAUCGCGAGCGUCAACAUCAUGAUCGACGACGAGCCGGUCACCAACGCGCGCAACUCGCUCAAGAAGAUCCUGCGCGUCGUCGAGGAGACCAUCUCCAAGCAGAAGAUCGCCGGCACCACGACGGCUACGACGAGCGGCCUGCCGGCCUUCACGGACCCGCUGCUCCAGACGGCCCCCAACCCGUCCCUCCUGUCCCCGGUGUCGUCCUUCAUGGGUGGCCACGACCAUCAGCAACACCACCAGCACCAUCAACAGCAGCAGCAGCAGCAGCAGCAACAACAGUACCAGCAGCAGCACUCCCACGGCAUGAUCCAGUUCCCCUCGCUGCACGCCCCGCCGUCGUCUGCCAACCAGCUCAUCUACUUCAGCGACCUGCCAGGCUCGCUGGGCGGCAACACCGACACGUCGAUGGGAGGAGGGCCCAGCACGCCGCUGGCGAUGACGGGCCUGGGCGGGGGCGAGGCGGACGCGUUCGGCGGCGGCGAGGGCCUGGAUCCGCUGACGCACUUCCACUACGACGUGCUGACGACGGACCUGUUCAGCUUCUUCCCGCUCAACAUGACGCCGCCGUCGGCCAACGGCAGCACCGAUGCCACCGCCGCGAGCAUGGAGUAUCCUCUUGAGAACGGGGCGCCUGGAACGUGA